AUGACAGUGUCUACACGGCUCCGGACGGUCUUCCGCCGAAGGACUGCCAAUAGCGACGUCACUACUAUCACUCAGAGCACCGUUGGUGAGAAUAAACAUGCUGAAGCUGCGACAACCCCGGGCGCGGAGGAGGUCCAGCCAGAUGCCCCUGAGGGAGAAGUUCAACGUGGCGUUCACGACGUCGAGGCCGUAACUCUCACCUGGUCCAAGGCGUCGCUGAUUGCAGCCUUUAUCAACAUUUGGUUCCUCUACCUCGUGAACGCUUUCCAGUCCUCGAUCCUGUCCAACCUACUUCCAUUUGUUACGAGCGAUUUUGAAUCCCACUCGCUACUAAACGUCAUCUACGUGGUCGCCGACGCCAUGUCUGCGGCCACUUUCAUACCUCUGGCCAAGAUCAUGGAUGUUUGGGGGCGUGCGGAAGGAUUUCUGAUCAUGACGAUCACCAUUCGAGCAGAGCUGACAUAUGAAAAGGUCUUCUACAGUAUUGGUUUUGGAGGAAUGACCUACUGUGUCGAUGUGAUCACGGCUGAUUCAUCCAAGCUGAAGAAUCGAGGUCUAGCCUAUGCCUUCACGUCGUCCCCUUAUAUUAUCACCGCCUUCGCUGGACCCAAGGCCUCGGACGACUUUUACAGCGUCAACUGGAGAUGGGGAUUUGGUUGCUUUGCCAUCAUCUUCCCGAUCGUGGCAGCUCCGCUGUAUGGUCUGUUGAAGUUCAACCUGCGCAAGGCUGCCAGGAAAGGCUUGCUGUCCCAGGAACGCAGCGGGCGAACGUUCCUACAGCAUGUCUGGUACUAUAUCAAAGAGUUUGAUUUGUUCGGCGUGCUUGUGUUCUCAGCAGGACUCACGGUGUUUCUACUUCCAUUCUCAAUCGCCUCAGAUGCGCCAAACGGCUGGGGAUCCGGGUACAUCAUUGCGAUGAUCGUCGUCGGCUGCGUCAUGCUGGUGAUAUUCAUCCUCCACGAGGUGUUUGUGGCCCCGGUCCCCAUGUUGAACUUCAGCUUCAUCUCCGACCGCACGGUCAUUGGCACCUGUCUGCUAGACGCUACCUACCAGCUGUCCUACUAUUGCUGGGCCAACUACUUCACAUCCUUCCUCCAGGCGGUCAACGACUUGACCAUCGCGGAAGCAGGCUACGUGAGCCACACAUUCGAUGUGGUUUCAGGGGUCCUGCUGUUGAUAGUGGGCUUCCUGAUCAGCAAAACCGGUCGCUUCAAGUGGCUACUCUACAUUUCCGUGCCGUUGUAUAUCUUCGCACAGGGGCUGAUGAUUUACUUCCGUCGUCCCAAUCAGUCAGUCGGGUAUCUGGUGAUGUGCCAGAUCUUUAUCUCCAUCGGCGGGAGCAUCUUCAUCAUCGUUGAACAACUGGCCAUCCUUGCUGCAGUUGACCACCAGCAUGUCGCCGCUGUACUGGCGCUGCUGAACGUCGUUGGGACCGUCGGCGACGCAAUGGGCGCGACGAUCUCCGGGGCCAUCUGGACCAAUACUUUCAAGAAGGCGUUGGCGAGGGAUCUCCCUGCCUCUGAACUCUCCAACCUGGAUACCAUCUACGAAGACCUUGACACGCAGCUGAGUUACCCCGUGGGUAGUGCGGCGCGUCUGGCGAUCCAAAAGGCCUACGGCUACGCUCAGACGCGGAUGCUGGCCGCUGGAACGGGCAUCAUGGCUCUGUCGUUUAUUUGGAUUCUCCUGAUCCGCAAUAUCAACCUGGCCAAGGUUGCCCAGGUAAAGGUAAAAAUUGUGCACGGCUGCGUAUUCGUCGUCACACUCUGUAGUGAGAAUACGACGUUAGAUGUAGUUGGGACUCUAUACUGGGUAGCUGGUAGUUAG